AUGACUAGUUAUCUCGACUUGUCAGCUAUUGUUCACGAUAAGGAAUCGGCUAUCAAAUUCCUUCAAGAGAAAGAACUGCUUCCCACUGAGCGAAAUUGCUGUUGUGGCAAGAAGAUGAAGCUUCCCCUGUCUGAUAAAAGAGACAGGUUCCGAUGCACAGACAAAAAGUGUGCCAAAGAAGUGAGCCUUAAGAAAGACACGUGGUUUGAAGCUUGCCACCUAUCGUACCAUAUGAUGAUUCUGUUCAUCUUCUGGUGGAGCCAUGAGUCCACGACUCUUAAGUUCUGUAAGGUGCACCUGAAAAUAGCAAGCGACCACACCAUAGUCGACCACAACAACUUCCUUAGGGAAGUCUGUGCAUGGCGACUAUUGGAAGAACCGAAUGUUAUUGGAGGGCCCGGAAAGACUGUAGAGAUCGAUGAGACGCUAGUUUCUCGCCGGAAAUACAAUGUGGGUCGCCUGAAGAAGCAAACUUGGGUAUUCGGAGGUAUCUGUCGCGAAGACAAACAAUGUUUUCUGUACGUUGUUCCUGACCGAACCCAAGAAAUGCUGGAAUCCUGCAUCAGAGCCUCAGUCAGACCAGGCACAACCAUCAUAUCUGACUGCUGGCGAAGCUACAACGGAAUAGAGACAAUGGGACUAGAAUACAGGCACCUCACAGUCAACCACUCUAAAAAUUUUGUCGACCCUACAUCUGGAGCAUGCACUAACCGUGUAGAAUCCAUGUGGAAUGUCGCAAAAAUGAAGUUCAAGAAAAUGUGGGGUGUAUCGGAGCCUAUGGUGGACAGUUAUUUAUGUGAAUUCAUGUAUAGGAAACGUUAUGCUAACAGUAACCUUUUUGACCGUAUCUUGCAUGACAUAGCCUGUUAUCAAAAUUCUUUGUUAAGGGAAAACCUUAACGAUCCCUCUGUUGAUAUCUCUUAA